UCCCUCCCUCCGGUACCGCUUUGGCUUUCCUGCCCUCCCCCGGCACUGCUCCGGGUUUCCUUCCCUCCUCUCCAGCCGGACAAGCAGCCUCUUCCCCCCGGGGCUUCGUGCAGUUUUCUCGGGGAAAGCCGGGAGCGAGACGCGGCCGGAUCAGAGGCUAAAAAUGGCACUUGGACACUGUGAAACCAGUGAGGUUCUGAGAAUUACUGCUGAGCAGGAGCAUGCCCUUGGUGGUGAUGGCACAUCAGGAUCCAGGAUGAUGGACCAAAGCUUGUCAGCUCUCAUCACAGAGUAUGGAAAACAGGUGGAGGAAAUGAGAGAGCAGCUGCAGCUUUAUCAGGCACAAAUGGGUGGGAUGAAGAAAAAAUUGGAAGAAGUCACCAAGGAAAAUGAAAGGCUUCAUGCAGAGUUGAAAGAGCCUCUUGAGAAGCAACUGCAGGCUCUUCCUUUUGUGCAUCUGGAAACUGAUAUUCCUGCAGAUGAAGGCACAGUGAGAACCCUCCAAGAGGAGCUACGUGGGGCAAAGCAAGAGAGAGACCAAGCAGUGGAGCGUUGGCAGACGCUGUCCCAGGAGCACGACCGGCUUCAGCAGCAGUACCAGGAGCGCCUGACCAGAACACACCUUCUCAUAGCUGAGAGGAAAAAGCAGAGUGAUCAGCUGAGUAGCAUCCAGCAGCUGACUCGCCAACUGCACGUGAGCAAUCAGCAGUUUCUGAAAACUGUGACAGAACAAGAUGUGGAACUAGAGCAGCUACGAAAACAACUGAGGCAAGCCAAAAUAGAUGGGCAGGCAGCAAAUGCUAAGCUUGAAGAAAUGAUGGCAUUGAAAGAGAAGCUUCAGAGCCAAUUGGAGAGAAAGGAAGAAGACAGGAUGUCUGCCCAGGAGAGAGAAACAGCAUCUGACAAACGCUUGCAGCAAAUGCAGUCCAACAUAAAACAGCUGGAAAUAAGAUUGUGUGUGGCUGUUCAAGAUGCUGAACAGCUGAGAACAGAAAAAGUAGCCCUGGAGGAACAGAUCACAGAGCUUCAGGCCAAGUCUGCCAAUCUAGAAAGUGAGACAUAUGAUGCUGUUGCCAAAGUCCAAGAUUGCAUACAGCUCUUGGAAGAAGCUAACCUGCAAAAAAGUCAGGCACUCUUUGGGGAGAAACAAAAGGAAGAAGAGAUCAAAAAACUGCAGGAUGAAAUGUCUCAACUUGCAGAAAAUACUGCUGCAAGAAUUAGAAAGGAAGUAGACACUGCAAAGAAGCAAUGUAACAUGCAGCUUUCUCGGCUGACAGAAGAAGUUUCAGCUCUUCAGAUGGAAUGUGCAGAAAAACAAAGUCAAAUUGAACGAGCCAUUAGAGAAAAGAGAGCAGUGGAAGAAGAACUUGAAAAGAUUUACAGGGAGCACAGAGAGCACGAAUCUGACAGCAGGAAGUUGGAGCAGCUGCAUCAGAAGUAUUUACUUGCAGAAGCUGCCAAGGAUGACCUGCAGCGGGGUCUGCAGGUGACACAAAAUAAACUGAAACAGCUGGAAAUGAACUCUGAGGAAGAGAAAUCCCGUUGCCAGGAAGUUAUCAGUAAAUUGCAAAGCACUCUGGAUUCAGAAAGAGAAAAGAGUUCCUUUGUCAGUGAACAAAGACUGAAACUUCAGCAGGAGAAUGAACAAUUGCACAAUGAAAUGGAGGGUUUGAGAAAACUGGCAGUGGAGGCUCAAAAAAAAGCUAAAAUCAAGAUAAGCACAAUGGAGCAUGAGCAUGCAGUGAAAGAACACGGGUACGAAGCUCGGCUCAGGGAGCUGGAGGACACCAGCCACAAGUCCAGCACUGAGCUCAGACGUCUCCUGGUAGCUCAGCAGAAAGCAACAAACAGGUGGAAAGAAGAAACAAAGAACCUCACUGAAACUGCAGAAGCCAGGAUCAGUAAGCUGAAAAGUGAGCUGCGUCAACAAAAACUCCGUAGCCAGGAGCUCAUUUCCCAGCUGGAAAUAGCAAAUGAGAAGGUAACUGAGGAUGAGACACUGAUGAUGGAGUAUCGGGAAUACAUCGACAGGCUGCAGAGGCGGCUGAGCCAGGCAGAACAGAGAGCAGCCACAGCAUCCCAGCAGCUCAGCCUGCUAACUACACAGAAUAAAAAAGCUGCUUCCCUGAAGGAUCUGGAUCUGGAAACUAUUUAAACACAUGUUUUUAUCAUUCCUUUAUCAACACCCACUCAUGUUGGGAGUUAGGAGGGUUGCUGGAGAAACUUCAUAUUGGAGCACUACAGUCAAAAGCACAGCAAGGCUUGUAAAACAAAUUCUGGUAAGAAAAGGAGUGGAUGAAGAUCCUGUCUCUGUAUGGACAAUAAAGAUUGGAAGAAGUCUGCAAAA